AUAUAUGAUUGAUGAUGCUUGGAGUUCAUGAUAGCCUUUUCUGGAGUUAGAAUGGGAUGUAAUGUUGGUAUUCCUCGGCUCGAUUCGCUAGGCUAGUUGAUAAUCUGGUUCAUUUUGUUUUGAUAUAUGAUGGGGAGUAUAUGCUCUAGGAAGAGAGAGCAAUCGGUGAUUGAGGAAGAAGUAGCAACUCGUAGACUAGUGUCCGGGAGGUAUUGUAAAAGUAGCAGCUCGAAAUGGCUAGGAGCGGCAUCUUUUCACUGUCGCAAUGUGGAGCAUUCUCCAGGAGUAGCAGGCAUUUGCCCUUCUCUAUUGGAAUUGUGCAUUUCCAAAAUAUGCAUGGACAUUGACAAAUAUAGUUCGUUCUCAAUGCUGCCGAGGGAUGUGAGUCAGCAGGUCUUUAACGAAUUGGUCUGUUCACAAUCUCUCAGUGAUGUUUCUCUCGAGGCUUUUAGAGAUUGUGCUCUUGAGGAUAUUGGUUUGGGCGAAUACCCUUGUGUGGAAGAUAGUUGGAUGGAGGCCAUCUGUUCACAAGGCUCAUCUCUACUAUCUAUUGAUAUUUCAGGUUCUGAGGUGACAGACUCUGGGUUGGCUCUUUUAAAAGACUGCUCGAACCUCCAAUCAUUUACUUAUAAUUACUGUGACCAUGUUUCAGAACAUGGACUUAAGCACAUCAGCGAUCUUUCAAAUUUGAAAAUCUUGAGUUUUAGAAGGAGCAGUGCAAUUACUGCUGAUGGGAUGCGCACUUUCUCCAGCCUUUAUAACUUAGAAAAGUUGGAUUUGGAGAGGUGUCCAGAGAUUCGUGGUGGUUUUGAUCAUCUUAAAGGUUUGACGAAACUGAAGUCUCUUAAUGUUAGAUGUUGUAAAUGCAUCACAGAUUCAGACUUAAAGUCCAUCUCAGGGCUUACAAACCUAAAUGAAUUACAGUUAUCCAACUGCAACAUUACUGAUUCUGGAAUCUCUUAUUUGAAAGGCUUGCAGAAGCUUAAUAUGUUGAACUUAGAGGGAUGCGAUGUUACUUCUGCAUGUUUGAAAUCUAUUUCAGCUCUUGUUGCCCUGGCUUACUUGAAUCUCAACAGAUGCAAUGUAUCAGAUGAAGGAUGUGAUAAGUUUUCUGGCCUUACAAAUUUGAAGGUUCUGAGCCUGGGAUUCAACAGAAUCACAGAUGCGUGUUUGGUGCAUCUAAAAGGUUUGACAAAUUUGGAGAGCUUGAACCUGGAUUCUUGUAAGAUUGGUGACCAGGGGCUUGCGAAUUUGUCAGGUCUGGUACUCUUAAAGAAUUUAGAGUUGUCUGAUACUGAAGUUGGAAGCAAUGGGAUUCGUCAUCUCUCAGGGUUAAAGAAUCUGGAGAAAUUAAACUUGUCAUUCACCCAGGUAAGUGACAGUAGUCUGCAAAAGUUAAAUGGGCUGACAUCUCUCAAAUGGCUUAAUCUGGAUGCUCGUCAAAUUACUGAUGCUGGACUUGCAGCUAUUACAGGUCUUACAAAAUUGACGCAUCUGGAUCUCUUUGGUGCUCGGAUAUCAGACUCUGGAGCAAACACAUUAAAACACUUCAAGAACCUUCAGUCUCUUGAAAUAUGUGGUGGAGAAUUGACUGAUGCUGGUGUGAAGAAUCUGAAAGAUCUUGUCUGUCUGAGAUGGCUAAAUUUGUCGCAGAACCGCAGCUUGACAGAUAAAUCUUUGGAAGUGAUUUCUGGUUUAACUGCAUUGGUGUCGUUAAACAUUUCAAAUUCAUGCAUUACCGAUGAGGGAUUGCAUUAUUUAAAGCCUUUGAAGAAUCUUCGUUCCUUAACCUUGGAGUCCAGUAUGGUGACUGCAUCUGAAAUUAGGAACCUACAGUCUAUCGCCCUCCCUAAUUUGGUAAGCUUUCGACCAGAAUAGAUUGAAGGCUGGAAGCUUUGUCCAUUUCGGAUAUCAUAGUGUACAGGCUAAUAAUUACAUAUGGAAAUAUGAAGGGCGAGAAUGUAUGGUAAAAGCAUUUUGGUUAUUGUACAUUUGUACAUAUGGCUUAUGUCUGUCUUGGAGAGUAUCUCUUAAUGCAAUUGUAAUUGUAAUAAAAAUAGAAUAAGCACUACCUAUUCUUUCCUUGUU